GGGGCGGGGAGGGAGGAGGUCUCCGGCAGUCAGGCGGGGGAGGGGCGGGCCCAGAGACGCGGCGCUGCAGGCGGGGGAGGGAGGGGGGAGGGGGAGAAAGAGACUCGCUCGGGCCCUCUCCUCUCCCCGUGGCCCUGCUCACUCACUCGCGGGCCGCCAGGGGGCGCUGCCCUCCCCGCCUCCGCGGGGCGGGGCGGGGCGGGGCGGGGCUGGGCAGGGGCGGAGCCGGCGCCAAAAUCAAACCCGCGCCUCGGCCGCUGGGCUCCGCCUCUGCCCGCAGCUUCUCCGCACCCAGCCAUGUCGAAGAAAAAAGGAUUGAGUGCAGAAGAGAAAAGGACUCGUAUGAUGGAGAUCUUUUUUGAGACGAAAGAUGUAUUUCAGUUGAAAGAUAUGGAGAAGAUUGCUCCCAGAGAGAAAGGAAUUACUGCUAUGUCAGUGAAAGAAGUUCUUCAAAGUCUAGUUGAUGAUGGCAUGGUGGACUCUGAGAGGAUUGGGACAUCUAAUUAUUUCUGGGCUUUUCCAAGCAAAGCGUUGCAUGCAAGGAAACGAAAACUAGAGACAUUGUCAACUCAGUUUUCAGAAGGGAAUCAGAAGAAAGAGAAUUUACAACAAAGCAUCAAGAAAGCUAAAAUUGGCCGGCAAGACACAGAAGAACGUGCCUCCUUCUUGAAGGAGCUUGUUUCCCUCCAGCAGCAGAAGGAGCAGCUAAAGGCUGAAUUAGAAAAAUACAAGGAAUGUGAUCCUGAAGUUGUAGAAGAAAUCCGGCAAGCAAAUAAAGUAGCCAAGGAUGCUGCUAACAGAUGGACUGAUAACAUAUUUGCUAUAAAAUCUUGGGCCAAAAGGAAAUUUGGAUUUGAAGAAAGUAAAAUUGAUAAAAACUUUGGAAUUCCAGAAGAUUUUGACUACAUAGACUAAAACCUUCUAUGGCAGUGCUAGAUUAUAUAUAUAUACAAGUAUAUUUAUAUUGGUCGUCCAAGAUUAUUAAAAUGUCAUACACUUGCACUAUGUUUUUUUUAUUUGAAUUCCUUCAAUAAAAUGUAAAAUCCUUG